GGCAAUCGUAGCACGAUACAAGAUAGCACUGUAACAGGUCCAGAUCAGAUUACAGUUUUUUUUUCACAGAGAUGGGUCUUAAACACUUUCUCUUUGAAAAUGAAUGUGUGAAGGGCAUUACUGCUCCAACUGAUUACUUGUACGUUAAACUCUUACGCAUGACUUUGCGUGUCAUCGCGACCUGGCCUCAAAGAGAAAUGGGAGAGAAGGAACCUGUGUACUUGAAUAAUUUUCUGAAGUAUUUUUAUUUAGUGGUUACCAUUGGCUGUCAGUUCGGUUCGUAUCUUUACCUGAGAGCGUACAAUGAUGAACUUACCAUGAUGGAAGCUGGCCACAAUUACCUUAUGAUUAUGAUGACAUUUAUUGAUAUAUCCAGAAUUAUCUCGCUCACAUUUUCUACAGAAUACAGAAAAAUUUGCAAAGAAUUUUUCACGAAAAUGCAUCUCUUCUAUUUUAAAAAUGUAUCUGAAUAUGCAAUGGAGACUCACAAACGGGUGCAUUUGCUAUCUCAUUUAUUUACUUUGUGGUUAUUAUUUCAAAUGGUGUUUGGUGUGAUUUUUUUUAAUCUCAUACCUAUGUACUAUAACUAUACUGCUGGAAGAUAUAAGCCUGGUGGUACUCAAAACUCUACUUUUGAACAUUCUCUAUACUACAAGUAUCCAUUUGACACACUCACCGAAGUGAAGGGGUACAUCGUAGCUAAUAUAAUUAAUUGGAUAUUGUCUUGUCUCUGUGUAACCUGGUUCUGCAUGUGUGACCUAAUUCUAUCCUUGAUGGUGUUCAAUAUUUGGGGACAUCUGAAAAUGCUUACACAUACCUUGCAUAAUUUUCCUAGACCAAGUUUGGAAACUACUAUCACAAUAGACGGAGGCUUAACAGUUACUAGUGCAAAAUAUUCGGAAGAGGAAUCCGUACAAAUUCUAGAUAAGUUAAAAGAAUGUGUUAAUUAUCACCGACGGAUCGUUGAGUUCAAUAGCAAAGUUUCUGAUGUUUUUGGUCCAAUGUUGAUCUGCUAUUAUUUAUACCAUCAGACAAGCGGCUGUUUGCUGUUACUGGAGUGUUCACAGAUGACAGCACCAGUACUAAUGCGUUAUUUGCCGCUGACAAUAGUAUGCACCCAGCAACUUAUACAGUUAUCAGUAAUUUUUGAACUAAUUGGAACUGAGAGCGAAAAGUUACCUGACGCUGUAUACAGUGUACCAUGGGAAUGUAUGGACACCAGUAAUAGAAAGUUUGUUAUAUUCUUUCUAAUGAAUGUUAAGGAGCCAAUAGCUGUGAAACCUCUGGGCAUUGCCAAUGUCGGUGUCACCACUAUGGCUGCGAUUUUGAGAACUUCGUUGUCGUAUUUCACCUUCUUACGCAGCAUUUGAAUUUGUUAUAAUUUCGAAAAUUUGAACUUAUUAAUGCUAUCUUGCAAGAUGUUUUAAAAUUAAUUUUCACACUGUGUCUAUAUUAUGUUAAUAUUUAGUAAUCAACUAAUACUUUUACUAAGUAAUUAAUAAUGUAUUUAAUAAAUGAUUUG